ACGCUGAUUUCAUUGUCUGAGGAGACAGUGAGACCCAGGAAAAAUCUUGCUGAAUCUGCCUGCUCCAGCACUGGCCUGAUUCGGGAUCCUCCGAUCCUUCCCGUGACCUCACCACGCCCCGAGAUGAAUCUACGUUCUGUAUUUACUGUAGAACAACAAAGGAUUUUACAGCGUUAUUAUGAAAAUGGAAUGACAAAUCAAAGUAAAAAUUGCUUUCAGCUCAUAUUACAGUGUGCACAGGAGACUAAGCUGGACUUCAGUGUAGUCAGGACGUGGGUUGGCAAUAAGAGAAGAAAAAUGAGUAGUAAGAAUUCUGAAUCAGGAGCAGCAACAACAGGAAUUCUUCCUGGUACCUCUUUGACAUCUCCAGACAUUACAGUCAGGAAUGUAGUUAACAUCACUCGACCGUCAAUCCAACAGUCUUCUUGGACAUCUGCCAAUAAUGAUGUCAUUGUAACUGGCACAUACAGUCCAUCAAGUUCAUCAGGUAGGCAAGGGACAACCAAACAUUCAGAUACACAACUUACAGAAGCACAUAAAAUUCCUAUUCAGAAAACGGCCAGUAAAAAUGAUACUGAGUUUCAGUUGCACAUUCCUGUUCAAAGACAAGUAGCGCACUGUAAAAAUGCCUCUCUGCUCUUAGGUGAAAAAACAAUUAUCUUGUCAAGACAGACAAGUGUGCUAAAUGCUGGAAAUUCAGUAUACAGUCACACAAAGAAGAACUAUGGAAGCUCUUCAGUGCAAGCCUCUGAGAUGAUGGUACCUCAAAAGCCACCUGUGUGCCACCGACCUUGCAAAAUUGAACCAGUUGGAGUUCAAAGGUCAUAUAAGCCUGAACACACAGGUCUAGCAUCACAUAACUUAUGUGGGCAAAAGCCACCUAUUAGAGACCCUUACUGUAGAACACAAAACUUGGAAAUCCGUGAGGUAUUUUCACUGGCUGUUAGUGAUUACCCUCAGAGAAUUCUGGGAGGAAAUGCCCCACAGAAGCCUAGUUCAGCAGAAGGAACUUGUUUGUCUAUUGCAAUGGAGACUGGAGAUGCUGAUGAUGAGUAUGCCAAAGAGGAAGAGUUGGCAUCGAUGGGAGCACAGAUACCAAGCUACUCAAGAUUUUAUGAAAGUGGCAGAUCCCUUGGAACAGAGAACCAAAGUACACCAUUGCCUGGACCAGGAAGAAAUAUGCCAAAUUCACAAAUGGUGAAUAUUAGAGAUUUGUCAGACAAUGUACUGUAUCAAAACAGAGACUACCAUUUGACACCACGGACCUCAUUACAUACAGUAGCUACCACAAUGUACAGUAAUACAAAUCCCUCACGGAGUAAUUUUUCUUCACAUUUUGCAUCAUCAAACCAAUUGAGGUUAUCACAAAACCAAAACAAUUACCAGAUUUCAGGAAACCUUACUGUGCCUUGGAUUACAGGGUGUUCUAGAAAAAGAGCACUACAAGAUCGCACUCAGUUCAGUGACCGAGACUUAGCCACCCUUAAGAGAUACUGGGACAAUGGAAUGACCAGCCUCGGUUCUGUCUGUAGAGAGAAAAUUGAAGCAGUUGCAACUGAAUUAAAUGUUGACUGUGAAAUAGUUCGGACUUGGAUUGGGAAUCGAAGAAGGAAAUAUCGUUUAAUGGGGAUUGAAGUUCCGCCUCCAAGAGGAGGCCCUGCUGAUUUUUCUGAGCAGCCUGAGUCUGGUUCUUUGUCUGCGCUCACAUCAGGAGAAGAAGCUGGUCCUGAAGUAGGAGAAGAUAAUGAAAGAAAUGAUGAAGUAUCCAUCUGUUUGUCUGAAGGAAGCUCUCAAGAGGAGUCCAGUGAAGUUCCAAAUGAGGCAAGGGCUCAUAAGGAGGAGGACCAUCAUGCAGUAUCUGCAGAUAAUGUGAAAAUAGAAAUUAUUGAUGAUGAAGAAAGUGACAUGAUAAGUAAUUCUGAAGUUGAACAAGUGAAUUCUCUCUUGGAUUAUAAGAAUGAAGAAGUCAGAUUCAUUGAAAAUGAGCUAGAGAUUCAAAAACAAAAAUACUUUAAACUUCAGACAUUUGUUAGAAGCUUGAUACUAGCUAUGAAAGCUGAUGAUAAGGAACAACAGCAGGCGCUGCUGUCAGAUUUACCUCCUGAAUUAGAAGAGAUGGAUUUCAAUCAUGCCUCACCGGAGCCUGAUGAUACCUCAUUCAGUGUGUCUUCUUUAUCAGAGAAAAAUGCCUCAGACAGUUUGUGAUUUGAGGGGGUUAUAUGAUACAUACAGCCUUUGGGCUGCCUAACAGGUGUGCAUUUCAAGAUAACUGCAUUCUGUUGCCUCAAAAUUCCUCAGUUGGAAAAACAUAUUACUGAAACUGACAUAUUCUGUGAGGAAUGGACAAGAUAUAAUGGCUACAGUGCAAAAAUGUAUGUGAAAUUUAAAAACAGCAUUUGAGAAAUUUUUCCAAACUGAUAAAACUCUGGGGGAAAUUUGUAUUUAAUUUUUAGCAGUUUAUCUAUGAAAUGCAUAAUGCCUAAUUUAUGAAAGAUUUCUGUUUGGUUUUUAGAAGAAUCUUAGUUUUAGUAAUAGUUUUGACCAGAGACACAAAAAUAAAGGUAUUUCAACAUUACUUAUCAAGUUACUAAAGCUUGGUUAGUUUUGAUUUGUAGCCAUUACAUCUUUAUUCUCUCUCCUUUUCCUAUCACCCAUAUACACUUUUACUCAGGAAAAUGGACUGAAAUUUGAAAACAAAACUUUAAAAAUGAUUUUACCUGGAUGAGUCCUGGGAUUUAUUUUCCAAUUCCUAUGAGAAUUUGACUUAAGCUAAUGAUUGAAAAUUGAAGUGGUCACUGGUAUAUAAUUGUAAAUUGUUGGUAUUCUUCCAUUUUCUAAUCCAAAUAUUUGGGGGGAGGGGGAAAGCACUAUGGAAAAGUAAUUCAUCAACAUGAAAUCAAAUAAAUUAUUAAGUGUACAAAAACAAAAAGUUGUAAAAGAUUAGUCUUAAUGGGGAUUCUUCAUUGCUGCAAAUGACAAAUAAGGUUAUUUGCAGCAUAAAGAUAAGAUUCACAUUCUACUAAUAAAUUUGUGUAACUGAGUUAGAUGAAUUGUUGCACAAAUAUUACACAUUUAUCACUAUCUUCAUAAUAUUUUUUCAAUUCUUACAUUUUAUGAAACAGGAAGACAAGGUAAGGCAAAGUCUUCUUUUUUAAUCUAGUCACUCAGUUUUGCCACAAAUUUUGCCUCAUUCUCAUGUGAGGCUUGUACAGAGCCAUCAGCCAAGGAUAAUACCCGAAAAGAAUUAUAUACUACUAUGGUUGUAAAUCACAGUCCUCUGAAUUUCCUGGACACUUUUCUGUGAGUAUGCUCCUAAAAUGGGCAUGCUACCAAGUUGUUCUAUUAGUAGGUACCAGAUGGCUACACACUGUAUACAAUUUUUUGCAGGCCGUUCUUCUGGGGUACCAGAUGGUAUUACCAAAACCCAUAGAAGGGAAAAUGCCAGUGUCUUAGUUUCUCCCUGAGCACACAGCAUCAUGUAUCUGUGUGUUGCAUGGUUAAAUUACUAUC